AUGAACACGUAUCAGCCAGCGGCCGGUCGGUAACCCCGAUUUACAAUAAUAGCACGAACAGUCGCACUCCGCCUCUUCCACGCCCCCAUUCUCAGGGAACCGCCGUAAAACGCAUAAAGUGAGUUGAAAAUUGCGGUCGCUAAAGUUGUUGGUUGUCAAGUCAAGACCUCAAAGGACUGAAAGAUUCUUAAAAAGUGCCUUAAUCUUUGACUGUUUUUGCGGUGAGACGAAAAGGCUACAUGGUGUUGACAAAAAAGAAAAAAGAUUUUUUACUUGACUAUUUGUAAUCACUUUGACGCUGAAUUUUUCUAGCAGUGCUCAUGAAGACUGCAGAUGAAAUUCCAAAAGCCGGAGGGCAUUAUUUUAAUGUAUCGCAGAGAAAUUGACCAAAAUAUCAGAAAAAAUCAAAAUGCCAAAAAAUCCAAUUUUUGACAACACAAUAGACUUUAGGUUUGGAAAAAGUCAUUAAUGCCUAAGGCAGAGUAAAAUUCGAUGAUCUGACUGACUAUAAAUUAAUUUUCAGUGGCGAAACGUGGCCUGGUCGCGCCGCAGAACACGUUUCUGGAAAAUGUGAUACGACGAUGCAAUAAUACAGGUAAUCGUUGCAUUGCAUCAAAUUUAAACCUCUGCUGACACCCUUGAAAUUGUUAUUGAGCCCUUUUCAGACUGUAGUUUUAUACUUUCGAAUGCGCAGAUCGUGGACUAUCCCAUAGUCUACUGCAAUGACGGGUUCUCACGGAUGAUUGGGUACACCAGAGCGGAGAUUAUGCAGAAGCCUUGCACGUGAGUCUUCACGAGUUUCUCGAUUAGUUAUGGAAUCUCGGUUUUAGAUUAUCAUUUACAUACGGAGACAACACCGACAUUGAAACCGUCCAACGAUUGCAAUUCGCUUUUGACAACGCGAAAACGGAACAAGCGGAGAUAUGUGUGCAGAAGAAGAAUAGUAUGUUCAAAAUUAAAUAACAGCAUUUUCUUCUGGUUAAUAUGCGGGUCAUAGUAAAAAUUUUUUGAUGUAUAUACUCUAAAUGUACUCAAAAUUGUCGGAUAAUGAAUUGUGAAGGCGUUUAGAUGAAAAAAUCACUCUUUUUACCGUAACAGAUACUAUUUCCAAUAUUUCAGAGUCCUACGUUUGGCUAUUAGUACAUGUAGCGCCGAUAAAGGAUGACAAAGGACGGGUGGUUUUAUAUCUUUGUCAAUUUAAGGACAUAACACCGUUGAAACAACCGUUGGACGAUGAGAAUAAUAAAGGUAAGUUGAUUCAAAAGUGCUUUUUGCGAUAAAUAGGUCGAAAACAGACAGUAAACUGAGCGUGAUAAGUGCUCGUGACGCUAGAUUUAAAAAAAUAAAAAACAAAAUUUAAGCUGACAAAAGAAUAUAAAAUUAUUCUUACUAGAUUUCUAUCCGCGCUUUGCAGAAAUAACCGGGAUUUUUUAGUGUGGCAGCUUUUCGAUUUUUGGCCAGGAAUGGUUUAUACUUAUUCAAAAACCUUGAUUCCGAUGAUUAAAAACCCUCAAUAACCCUCGAAAUUUCAGUCCUCGGCCUCAGUCGAAUCCUGCAGAUAGCGCGAAUAGCGAAGUCGCGGCAACAAUUCAAUCAGAUCGAGACGAAGGACCUGCACAAGGCAGGGAGUGGGGUGUCGUCGCACUUCAACCAGGUAGUCUUGGGUUUUAGGGAAGGUCGCUUGAGUUGGUCACCCCCACAAUUUCCUUGGUUCCGCCGCAUGCUUUGAACGCUUUUGCCAUUGUAAUCAAAAUUUGAACGUUUUAUGAUUUUUUGGGAGUUUUUAAGGCUUCUCAAGAUUUUUUUUGCAAUAGCAAGUAUAAUUGAGAGCUGGUAGGUCAGCUCAAAAAAAAUGUAGUUUGUUUAGGUGCCGGAAACAUAGACUCUAGAUUGUAGAUUAUUACUCUCGAGGGUGACAUCUUAUACGACAAUUUCGGAAAGGACCUCAUAUUAAUUUUUAGCCUACAAAAUCAAAAUCUUAGCGGUUUGGAAUUUGAUAGUAUUGACUAAUUUUAGCUUACAGUAGUCAACUAGUCUUUUGCACAAACAGAAGGUAUUAAAAACAUACUAUUUUUGCUUUUUCCGACCCAAAAUAGAAUUAUAUUUGACUAGGAAAUGUUAGGGUAUACCAAAUAGAGUGAAUGACAAGUACACCACUUCAGCUUGAACUUUUUCUCAAGCUGCACUUCACAAAUUUUGCAACUUUUGCAUUUUGCCAAUUGAUUUGAUAUUGUUCAUAGAUAGACACUGUAGUCGAAGAUGAAACACGCUACGCACUUGGCUAUCUUGCAUGAAGGGUGAGGAAGGAACGGAAUAUGAAUCUUUUGACAGUUUAUCCUAUAAGGAAGGGUGAAAUGACGUUUUAUGGAUUAAAAAGUGCUGAAAAUGAAGUAUGGUAAUGAUUUUAGUCAAGAUUUGCUAAAAUUCAAUUUUGACAUUUCGUCACAGAAAUUAUUGGAAAAGUUUUUAGACGGGUUUUUUGGUUGGAAAUCGAUAAAAUUGAGGUUAGGGGUGAACGAGCCCUCACGUUUUAUCGAAAUUAAUUUUUUGACAUUUCGUCACAAGAGUUAUCGAUUUUUUAUUGACAUCUUUUUUCGUCCAUAGUUCAGGUGAUAUAAGGUCGCUGGUUUCGAAGGACCUUCUUGAGAAUAUAAAAAUCCAUUCCUCUCUCGCCCUGAUUGCAUUUCGAACCCCUAAGUUGCUGCCGAAGCACCUUGAUUUGGUCCCACGGCAAUAAAAGCGAUUCCUCUCCCUAAAGUCCCCGCGCGUUGUCCUAAAGUUUUCACAAAUUACAUACUUCGUCAGCAGUUGAUGAACCUGGGUGGCGAUAUGUUGCCGCAAUAUCGGCAGGAGACUCCGAAGACCUCACCGCACAUUAUUCUCCACUAUUCGACCUUUAAGACCGUCUGGGAUUGGUCGAUUUUGGCGCUGACCUUUUACACGGCGUUUAUGGUGCCAUUCAACAUCGCGUUCAAGAAUCGGGAUGUCCCACCGAAGGGGAUGAUCGAUUAUGUGGCGUUGAUGGACAGUAUAGUUGAUGUGAUCUUCUUCGCCGACAUUUUGUUGAACUUCCACACGACGUUUGUUGGGCCGGGCGGAGAGGCAAGUUUAAUAUCAUUUUUUGUUGUAAAACUAUUGUAAAUCGAAAAAUUUGAAGUUUUUGAGACGUCUGCUCUCCACUUUUUUUUGAAAAUAAAGUUGGACAGCUUGAACCUCGUAUUUUACCCUUACUUUUUCAGGUCGUAAUAGAGCCCUCGACGAUACGCCGAAAUUAUUUCAAAUCCUGGUUUGUGAUAGACCUAUUAUCUUGUUUGCCAUAUGAUAUCUUCUACAUGUUUAAACACGAUGACGAGGUGAGUUCUUGUGGACCUUAUUGAUUUUUGAAUCCGCAUCCUGCGGGCGCCAUUUUAUACGAAAAGCAUUCUGGACAAAGAAUUGAUGUAAAAAUUAUUUUUGUCCAACAAACACAACUACAGGAAAGUCCAAAAUAUGGAUCUUUUAAUUUUUGAGUUUGGUGACAUUUUAUACGAUGAAAGGUGUUUGGUCGAUUUCCAAAAAAAUUUUGAAAACAGGAUUUUUUGGUACUGACGGUCUAAAACGCAUAAAAUAAUUUUGUUAUCUCUUUUCACUUUUUUGGAUCCAUUUUAUACGAUGAAACCUGUCCAAAGUUACAUUACUUUAGAUCGGAUCUUAUCGCCCGCUAUUUCAAAAUAAAAAAAAUCCCAUUUCAGCGGAUCGGCUCCCUCUUCUCUGCCCUUAAAGUAGUCCGACUGCUACGAUUAGGUCGAGUUGCCAGAAAACUGGACAACUAUUUAGAAUACGGAGCCGCGACUCUUCUCCUCCUCUUGUGUGCCUUUAUCCUCGUCGCCCAUUGGAUGGCCUGUAUUUGGUAUGGGAUUGGCGAUUGGGAGAUCCGUCAGAAAGUGCAGGACCCAUUCCGUCCGGAUUCGUGGCUAAUGAAGCUCUCGAACGACCUGAAAAUGCCGUUUAAUUUUGCGAAUUCAACGUCAGCGAGGUUGGUGGGAGGGCCGGAUCGGGUGAAUGCGUACAUGUCAGCGCUCUAUUUCACGUUGAGUUGUAUGUCGACGGUGGGGUAGGUUGAUGGUGGUGGCCGGACGCUUAUAACUUAUAAAUUUCAGUUUCGGAAACAUCGCCAGCACCACAUUCCUCGAAAAGAGUUUCGGCGUCUUUUUGAUGAUAAUCUCGGCGCUGUUGUACGCCAUGAUUUUUGGCCACAUGACCACGAUUAUUCAGCAAAUGACUUCAGCGACUGUCCGGUACGUUGCGCUAAUUUUUCGAUGAUUCCAAAUUUAGAUACCACGAGAUGAUUUCGAACGUUCGAGAGUUCAUCAAACUUCAAGAAGUCCCAAGAGAGCUGGCUGAGAGAGUCAUGGAUUACGUUGUCUCAACGUGGGCCAUGACCAAAGGAAUUGAUACGAACAAGGUUUUGGGGUACUGUCCGAAGGACAUGAAGGCUGAUAUAUGCGUUCAUUUGAAUCGAAAGGUUUUCAACGAACAUUCGUGUUUUCGGCUGGCUUCGGAUGGAUGUUUAAGGUCAUUGGCGAUGUAUUUGGAGGUGAGUUGAUAGCAAAAUGGCUAAAUUAAAUAAGUUUCGUACAUGAGAGAUAUGGACGGAUAUAAACCUCUCACUUUCGAACGUUGGCCUAAUUCGUAUUAGGUUUUCGCAGUUUCCCGCCGACAAAGAAAUUUCUUAAACGCGCCUGAAUAGCUUUAGCUGAAAUUUUCAGGAAGUGAUGUGUAGCCUAUGUAGAUCAGGGACACAAAUUUUGAAGCAAAUACAAACUUCGCGUAUACCGCUAUUUUUAAUUUUAGUUUUUCCUCUCCUUCGGCCGUAUUUCGGAGUAAAAACGUUUUGAUUUAUUCCCGUUAUGUCACAGACAAAUCGUCAAGAGAGUUUUGUCUAUAUGCCAAAAAAUUACCACACCUUCGAUUUUCAGAGUAAUCACGCCGCGCCAGGCGAUCUCCUCUACCAUACGGGUGAAUCAGUGGACGCUUUGUGGUUCGUUGUCUCGGGUUCUUUGGAGGUGAUUCAAGACGAGGAAGUCGUUGCGAUUCUGGGGAAGGGAGACGUUUUUGGCGACGAGUUCUGGCAAAGUCCGAACUACAAGCCCGGCCAAUCAGCGGCCAACGUAAAAGCUCUCACUUAUACGGAUUUGCAUAUGAUAAAACACGAGAAAUUGAUGGACGUUCUCAACUUUUACAAGGCAUUUGCUAAUUCUUUUGCCAGGAAUUUGGUGUUGACGUAUAAUUUGACUCAUCGGGUAAGUUAAGCCGAAAUUUGCAUAUUUUCGAAAAUUUGCAUAAAUUUGAAUCUUGGUUUUUUCUUGUUUAAAAUAAUUACAACAAAAUUUAAUUUUCAUCGAAAAAAUGCUUAAUUUUCAAAAAUUUGCAUAAAUUUUAAUAUCCUGAAAAUUAAAUUUUCAGUUAAAAUUCCGCAAAGUUGUGGACGUAAAACGUGAAAAAGAGCUCGACGAAAGACGUAAAAAUGAGAAAUUGGACAUACCAGAUGAUCACCCUGUCCGGAAGUUACUGCUGAGGAUGAGAGAGCGGCAUGCCGUUCAUCGAAUGGGAAAUCAUUCAAGUUUGGAUGUGGAAAAGGUAAUAUGAAGCACUUCUGAAUAUGUACUUGCCUCGUAUUUUACCAACAAAUCGUAAAUUUUAUUCGGUAAAAAAAUAGAAGCAAAAACUUUGAAAUUUCAGUUUUGUAAAAAAGUGUCUAAAAAACAUGUCAUCAUGACGAAAUUUUUCACAAAUCUCUGAAAUAUAUCUGUUGUCACUAGUUACUUUAUUCUUUUUAUUCUUAUUGCUCUAAAACAGUAUCUAACCGCUUUUCGACGAAGUGUCAAAAAAAGUGACGAAAUGUCAAAAAAAUUUUUUUUUUUCAAAUUGUAAUUUUCCCCAACUUUUAGGGUAACUACCAGCCCCGUAUAGGCAACUCGACGCAUUCUGUCAGUCAUAUUGACGAGACAGUAAUCCAGCCCCGCCGCUCUCCGCAGGUUCAGCAAAGCCCCACGCCGCCCAGAUCUCCCAGCUUUUUGGGUCGACGAAGAUCGCAUUUCCUGCGCGGGAAGACCUUCGACGAAGACGCGACCAGUGCGAAGAAUGCGAGGAGCAGAGAGUUCGUGGAGAUACCACCGCCAAGGUCAACGACGUUGACGGUUAUUGAAAAUGCAAGAGUAAGUGCAGGCGUAUCUAUGACAGAGCGUCUCAAGAAGACGGUCAGAUUCAUUAAUCUGAAUGCAAUUUAGUACAAACUAGGAGUGGAAAGCUUUAGGGCAUUUUUUGAGAUUUUUAGUUUGCACUUUGCAGAGAAAAACGAUUUUUUUAGACCAAAAGUUUUACCGAGGUAUGGGUAAAAGUUGAUUUAUCUCCGAACUUAUGUAAGCAUUUCAAUGGCCUCCCGGUGGAAGAGAUGAUUAAAAAUCCGUUACGAAAGCAUGCCUACCUCAUGGAAACUUGCUAUAGUAGGGUUUUUGACAUGUUCUUUCGAAUGGCAUAUGCAGUUUACUGAUGGCUCUUACCAAGCCUUAGAUACUCCAUUUUUCCACAGGGUAGGUACACUCUCCUAAUUGAGUGUAUAUCUCGGCUGGGUGUGCAAAGCAUUGCCUCAAUUUUUUUCUGUAUAGCUGGUGUUAGAUGCGACAAAAAGCUUUAAAUUUACAGUAAACUGAAGCCAACCCCUUUCAGCCAAUAUCCCGCCGAACCGACCACAGCCCAUCCAAUUCCAAUCAGAACAUGGAUCGUCUCGAGACUCGGAUCGCGAACAUCGAAAGACUGCUGCAGAUAUUAUGCAAUCAACGGCAAGGAGGUAAUCAUUACCUUGAUGUUUCUUAUGUGCAUUUUACACCAGGAGACUAGUAAAUUCCGGGGUUUACAUUAUGUCCUUGUGCUAGACACAUAAUCCAAAAUAUAAGUCGUUUUGGAUGAUACUUCUUGAAGGGUUUAUGGCUAAAAGUAUCCGAAAAAAGUGAAAAUAAGUGGGUCCCGUUGCACUUUACGUUCUGAAAGAUACGACUGUGGAGAUUGCACCCUCUCGUAGGCUAUGAUUUGGCACAAAGAAGUAGCCAUAAAAGCACGCUUCCUUUCCUUGCCGGCCACUUCUUUUCCGGGCCCAAAAAAGUUGUUUUCUGGCCACCAAAACCUCCGUGAUUCAGGUGGGACCCCGUCAACUCUGCCCAUGGACACAUACUCCCAAUACGGCGAUGUCUCACCUUACCAUCUUCCAGUGACCACCCAAGCCCCCGCCCUGACCACUUCGACCGCCUCGCGAGCCGACCCGCCGCCCAAUACUCGGACGGCAGUGGUGCCUCCGCUCAAUCUGUCGAUGGAAUCGUUGACGCCGUACGCCGACGAGGACAUUACGGUGACGUCGGGCUACGACGCACAAACCGGCGCCAUCUCGCCGAUCUCGCCCGGUCACGUGCCGAUGAUCAACAUCCAGCCGGAGAGUGGACGUCCCACCUUGUCGGAGAGGUCUACAAGCUCCCAACACACCGACGAAUCCCCGCCCGAACGCCCCCGACGAUAG